AUUUCGUUGGACCUGGACGAUAAUUUUUGGGAGCUUUGACGCGACAUUGCGCAACCAACUCGUGCUUUUCCUAUCAGCACGAAUAUCUCCCGAACACAUCUGCCAUGGCGAAAAGUAAGCUCAAGUCCGCGCUCGACCACCACAAGGGACGCAACUUCCCGCUAGAGAAGCAGCGCAAGAAGGAAAAGGCUGCGAGGCAACGGAAAGAGAAGAAUCAGGCGCAAACCGAUGGGACGGAUGGCGAGGAGGAGGGAGGUGUGAAGCUGCCUGAGGUAGUAGAGGCUGGUGUGGUGGCCAACGGCAAGGCGAGCAAGGCGAGCAAGCCGAAGAAGAACGGCGCGCAGCCUGUCGCUGCUGAGGAACCUGAAUGGGAAACGGAUGGAAGCGACGAUGAUGAAGACGACGAUGACGACGAUGACACGCCGGGGCGCACCAUAGACCUGGCGCUCCUCGAUGACAGCGAGAGCGACGUCAGCGGUGAUGACGAUGUUGUUGGCGAGGACGAGGACGCAGACGAGGAUGAGGACGAGGAAGACAUCCCGCUCUCUGACCUCGAGUCGGUCGCUUCAGAAGACAAGGGCGACAUCAUCCCCUUCCAACGCCUCACCAUCAACAACACGGCCGCACUCACCGCCGCCCUGCACCGCAUACAACUCCCCUACUCCAAGCUCGCCUUCUCGGAAUACCAGGCCGUCACCACAACUGAACCUGUUGAGAUUGCCGAUAUCGAAGACGACCUCAACCGCGAGCUCGCAUUCUACAAGCAGUGUCUGUCCUCGGUCAAGGAUGCGCGCGGCAGGCUGAAGAAGGAGGGCGUGUCGUUUUCGCGCCCGGCCGACUACUUCGCUGAGAUGGUCAAGAGCGACGAGCACAUGGGCAAGAUCAAGCAGAAGCUGAUUGACGCGGCCGCGGGCAAGAAGGCCGCUGCUGAAGCGCGCAAACAGAGGGACUUGAAGAAGUUUGGCAAACAAGUCCAGGUCGCGAAACUUCAGGAGCGUGCCAAGGAGAAGAAGGAUACGAUUGAGAAGAUCAACGUCAUGAAGAGGAAGCGACAAGGCGCAGACAUUACCGCCACGAACGAGGAGAACCUCUUCGACAUUGAGCUCGACCACGAUGCUAAGCCUUCAGAAUCUCGCCGGGGUGACGGCAAGUCUGGUGCUAAGCGCCAGAAGAAGAACGAGAAGUUCGGAUUUGGCGGAAAGAAGCGACACGCCAAGAGCAACGAUGCUGAGUCGAGCGCCGACGGCCGUGGCUUCUCAGCAAGAAAGAUGAAGGGCAAGACUGGUGGUUCAAGCAAGCGACCGGGCAAGGACAAGAGGGCGAAGAAUCGUUAAGACAAUCCUGUUGCGUGAUGAAGGAUGGUGACAGUGGGUGCAUGCACACGGCGCUUUGGCGUUUAUGGGAAAAGAAUAAAAGCGCGGUUGUGUUCCAACUGUGUAAUGUACUGAGUUGAUCGUGCUCCGUAUGGUUCUAAGAUACCAAUGUAUACUGCUUCAAUC